UAGAGACGGAUGUAAUUCAUUCCUAGAACCUCAUUGAUUCUAGAAAUUACAACCGUAAUCUCAACACAAAUUCAUAUUUCUAAAUGAGCUCGUCGAGUUAGAACGUAUCUAAGUGAACUGUGAUACAGAAUAUACAAUUCAAUAUCAAGGUUAACAACAAUAACAAAACUUAAUUAAAGUUACAGGUAAAGUCGUGAGAAUAAAGGUAUUUUGUGUGAUCGAAAACAACCAUACACCAUGCUAAUAAAUAUCAAAACGGUAGUUCUUCUUACCUACGCGGUGUUAUGUGUUAAAGAAACACUGUGCUACCCACCUCCAGUGCCAGUUGAUAUAUUGAUGAGUAAUUUAGAACAUUUGUCGCAGCAAUUGGAAAAUUCCAGAAUUCCAAUUGAACAUCGAAGACUGUUCUUUCGUCCAUUAUUAAAAAAUGUUCAAGGCAAAACACGUGAGUUAUUUUCAAGAUUCAUUGGAACUCCAGCAUCUACUCGACCUUCUGGGUUUUCUGGGCCUACUGAGUCUACUGGUCUUACUGGUUCAACUGUGUCUUCUGUGACUACUGUUAUACCUAUAAACAAUACACAAGGCCCUGCUAGAAGCACUGAGAGGCUUAGCGUGGCUGAUCAACCAUCUGAUAUUGCUGGAAACAUAAAUUCACAAAGAAAUUCAGAAUCUACAGUGGAUAGGAAUGCUGAAGAAAGACAAAUUACUGAAGAACCGAAUCGGGUUGACCUGGAUUCUUACGACCAUACUGAUAUAGAUGUAAAUAACGAUGAUGAUGAACUUUCAAUUAGAAUUUUGCCCCAACCGGUUGUUGCAACACUUCUAGGCUGAGAAUUUAUCACAGCUGUUUAAUUAUUAACGGAAAGUUUGUUUUUUUAACUAUUUAUUUUACUAUAAGUUAUUUUAUAAACUUAAUUUUUUACCUCACUAAUUGCAGUUAUUUAUUUUAUUAAUAUUUUCUGAUAACAUAGGCUUCAACGUGAAUUUGUAACCAUACAACGAAAAAAUAGUUAUUUGUUACGCAAGCCAGCAAAAUUUAUUUAUACGGUGUGUGCAUGUAUACAUUGCUGACCAAGCAAUACUAAGAUUGAACCACAAGCGAAGCGACGGUUUCAAAAAAAGAAUCCUGAGCAUCGCGAGGAAUUCAGGGGCACGAGUUGUAAAUAAAGCUGCCGUCCGAAACAAAGCUUUUCAUCUCAUAGCGAGGAAAAUGCUAAGUAUAAGAAAACUAAAGUAAGAAAGUAAAUUUUCUAUUAUAAAUUAAUUUUAUUUUAAUUUAAAUUAUUAUACAUAAAUCUAUUAAAAAUUAAAUCUACUUUUUUAUUAUAAAUAUUUACAAAUUAAUUAUUAUCCAUUUUAUAAAAUGGAAAUUAAAGAAAAUUUAAAUGAAAAAAUAAACAACUAAAAUAUAAAUACUAUAUGGAUCAACCUCAUUUCUAUACUAAAAUAUUAUAAAAAUAAAAAGUUACUUUAUACGCCACAGCGUUAAAACGUUUAACGUAACUUUUAAAAUAAAAGUGUUUUUUCCGAGCGAAAAAAGAUAUUUUAUUGAAUGUUAAAAUUUAAAGUAUAGCUGGUAUGGCUUGGGUAAAAAAAAGGUAAAGGAAAAGAUCGUAAUCUAUUCCCCACCAGUUUUACAGUCCAAUGAUCCAGUAUGAUAAAACCCACUAAUCUGUUUGUUCCCUGGUCCUCAACAAACAAAUAAGUAAAACCACCUUUUUACUCUGGUAAAACUAUUACAUUAGGCACUAAAGUUUAAAUACCAGUGAUUCCCCAGAGCUUCCAUUUACCAGAAGUAUAGGGUUUUUCCACAGAUUGACAUCGCUCAAGAUUAACACUUUGAAGCCCGUACAUAUAGCACUACAAGUUAUUAAAAUUUUCUUUAUGUUUGCACAAUAAUCAUAUUUCAAAUAAUAUUUUGAUAUAUCCAACUAGCGGAUGUCCGUGACCUCGUCCGCGUGGGAACACUAAACCACGACAUUCUUUAUUAAACUACACGUAACUAUAAUCCUUUCUCUUAAAUCACUCAAUCUGUUGAUGAAAUUCGCAUGAAUAUCCAAUAUGCAGUUUUAACUAACUUUAUACAGGGUGUUGGGGAAUAUUUCUCAUAACGAAGAUAAAUAAAAAUAUUUUUAUGUUUGUAUAUUUUUAGUUUAGUAGAUGUUUAGUUUGACGGCCUCCGUGGCGCAGUGGCAUGCGCGGUGGAUUUACAAGACGGAGGUCCUGGGUUCGAUCCCCGGUUGGGCAGAUUGAGAUUUUGUUAAUUUGUCCAGGUCUGGCUGGUGGGAGGCUUUGGCCGUGGCUAGUUACCACCCUAACAGCAAAGACGUACCGCCAAGCGAUUUAGCGUUCCGCUACGAUGCCGUGUAGAAACCGAAAGGGGUGUGGAUUUUCAUCCUCCUCCUAACAAGUUACCCCGCUUCCAUCUUAGACUGCAUCAUCACUUACCAUCAGGUGAGAUUGUAGUCAAGGGCUAACUUGUAAAGAAUAAAAAAAAAAAAAAAAAGACAAAUAAAUACAUACAAAUAUUUUUUCCUUAGUUAAAAAAUAUCAGUUAUGCAGUUUUGUCCCUAUAAGAAGUCUCAUCAACACCUUAUAGUGAUAGAAAAUACUCCCCAACAACCUGUAGUAGCGGGAUGCGACUUUCUUAUACUAUUUAACUAUAAGUUCAUCAAUGACGUGACUGUUUCAUAUAAAUUAUAGUUACUUUAUCGAUACUUAUUAAAACACUAUCAAGCUUUUUAAAAUAUUUGUCUGUAUGUUUGUCUGUUUUUCCGAGAUACUCUUUCGGUAGAAGAUAGAAGAGGAUAAUGAGCAACGUAUGCCUAAGCUAUUUUUUAUCCCAAAAAAAAAUCGUGGUUCGCGCGGUUAAUGUGAAAAAAUGAAUUUCACGUGGAUGAAGUCGCGGUCUUCCCUUGUAGGUAUAUUAUACGUAGCGCACUAGGAAAGUUAAGAGAAUUGGUUACUAAACUUUAGCUUUUUUCAAAAUAAUUUCUAUCGACUAAAAUACACUAUUCUACACGAAAUCAGUCGUCAAAGGUUUUUUUUAAUAUUUUUUUCGAGACUUCUUCAUACACCAAGUUCUAGGCUAGAAUUGGUUGGACGGCAUUGGAAUACUGUUACCCUUUCAGUUUAUCUUUCAUCAUUGAGCUGAGUCAAAAGUCACAAUAUGCGAGAUUAGUACUGUAGGAAGAAUAUUCAAGCAGAAUUAGACAAUGUCUAAUUCCAAAAAGCUCAAUAAACGCAGGUCAAAGUAAAGAUUAAUCUACACCGUAUGAAAAUCUGUUUGGUGUCCGGAAACAGAGGGCCUAGUGGCAGUUUGAUAGUGUGGCGAUCGCGUUAAAGUAAACGCGAAUUUCUAAGGAAUUGAAACAGCGCCAUCUAGUAGCACUACUACACAACUGUUUCAAUCCCAUAUAAAGAUAGUAACAGUAUGAAAACAUUGAAACUCCCACUAGGCACACAGUUAUAAUAUCGUAAAACAUACUCGUAUAUUGUAAUAUGCUGUUUUUCACAAGCACCUAUUACAAGCAUCGUUUAAGGAUAACUGUAAAGAGCGUUGUUUAACUUGGUACUCAUACGUUGAGUAGUUUAUUUAUUUAUUUGAAAUGAUUAUUAUAGUUUAACAAAUACAUAGAAGUAGAUACACAAUUAUGAUACAGCGCUUACCCAUCUUCGCCUGCGCCUUUAAUUUCUAAAUAUAACGUAAAAUGGACACAACUAUACCAUACCAAAACCAAACCCUCUUCCAAAAAUAUAAUCUCUUUAUGAUAUAACAAAAACAUAUUUUUCCUAAAUCUCAUCUUUUCUAAUCCGGUCUGGGGCAUGCACCUAUAACUUUUCAGUUAUGUGUAUUAUAAGAAAUUAAUUACCAUGUGUCUCAAACGCUUAGAACUAAUCUCUAACUCAAGGAAAAACAUUGUGAUGAAGUUUGCAUACCUGUGAUUUAUUUAAUUCUCUACGUGUGUGAAGUCUACGCCGCUUUUUAAUCCGCUUUGGGCCAGCGUGGUGGACUAAGCCUAACCCCUCUCAUUCUAAAAGGAGACUCGUGCUCAACAGUGACCCGAAUAUGGAUUGUUAAUUUAUGAUGAUGAUGAAAAGGUAAGAAUGGAAUCAAUAACUUUUAAUUGCUAAUUCUGUCGUUGAAAUUCCAUGCUAAAUAGAAAAUCAAUAAAUUAGUUCUAAGUAGUUUUAAACUAACGCAUUAUUCUGCACAGUUAAUACAUUAUAUAAUGGAUAAAGUAAUCAUAAUGAUAAUAAUCAUUAUGUAUAAUUGUAUAGUCUUACAAGUUUUCCGUGUUCCGAUUAUUUCUUAACAAAAUCAUCAAGUCCGUAAAUUUAAAUUUUUGUUUAAUUUUAAUUUAGUCUUAUGUUUUUGUGUUUUUUUCUCCCUUUUUUUAUAUUUGGGUAAAUUGUUUGUGUACUCAGCUAAAUAAAUCAUUUAUUAUUAUUAUUAUUAUUAAAUAAAGCAUAAUGUCAUUUAUAAUAGCGAACGCCCGCAACUUCGUCCGCAUAAAAGAUUUUGAAAAAUCCUAAAGCUUAUCUGUCGCCCAGAUCGUUCCUUCCCGUCCCAUCCCGCCCGUCCCGUUAUGUUCCGUCACGUCGCAGUUUAGUUUAGGGUUUACCGUUUACGGGAUGAACAUGUUUGACAGGUACGAAAGCUAAACAUUUUGUAUAAAUAAAUGUUUUUUUUUUGUUUUUUUCGUAAGGUUUCCAAUGUCUUCCAUAGUCAUUAUGCUGUACCUGACGGAGAGAAAUCCAGUAAAUUGAAAAUAAGUCAAGCCGUUCUUGAUUUACACGUAUUCGAAUAAACCCAACUUAUUUAUAGUUUUAUGUAUUAAGAUAAUUUACGUAACAUACACAUUUCAC